AUGAGUUGGGUAGCGUGGGACACACUAACCAAGCCUAAAGUUCAAGGAGGAUUAGGACUAAGGGAUAUACAGUUAUUCAACCAGGCGCUAUUAGCGAAAGUGGCAUGGAGAAUCCUAUCUAACCCAAGUUGUUUACUUGCACGCGUACUUACCGGCAAAUACUGUCACAAGAAGAGUUUCUUGAAUGCCCAACUCCCAGCAGUCUGCUCACACGGAUGGAGGAGCAUACUCCAUGGCAGAGAUUUACUCCAAGACAACCUGGGCAAAGCAAUUGGUAAUGGUCAGGAUACCAAGCUAUGGAGAGAUUCGUGGAUAUCUCCUACGAGUAAUGUUAAACCUCUAGGACCGAUUCAUGAGUCAGCUCUUGAUCUUAGGGUCUCUGACCUACUCACUGAUGAUCUACAAUGGAACAGGCUCAGAAUUGAACAACUCUUACCGGAAUUUAGUUCACAGAUCCAGUGCUUUCAUCCAAGCAAGGAAGGAGCGAAUGAUAUCUAUAUUUGGCAGCCGUUAAGCUCGGGAAUCUACUCCACCAAAUCCGGUUAUAACUCGGCUUCAACACCUUCUGCACAUGCCAAUCUCCUUCCCUCAAUGUCAAAUAGCCAAAGCGACAUGGAGUUCAAUUGGUUGAAGGAUGUAUGGUCAGUAAAAGCAGCUCUGAAACUAAAAUUAUUUCUUUGGUCAAUGAUACAAGGAGCAUUACCUGUUGGAGCUGAGCUCCAGCGAAGAGGAAUGAACGCAGCUGCUCUCUGUCCACGGUGUAAGGAAGUAGAAACAGCAAUUCAUGCUUUCUUCCUUUGCCUUUUUGCAAAAGAAGUCUGGCGCAAUAUCCCUCUCCGAUCAUCAGUUCACAUAGCUGAUGACUCAAAUGUUAAAGAAGCUCUCGUGCUCUUCAGACCAGCCGUCUGUCUACCACCUACGGGAAUCAGGUCAUCCAUCCUCCCGUGGAUAUGUUGGGCUCUCUGGCUUGCUAGAAACAAGCUCAUCUUCGAGUCAAAGACAGACAAACCUGAAGAAAUAGCAACAAAAGGGAUAUCAGCGGCUCUGGAAUGGACUCACGCUCAAGAUCAAAAUCAACCAGUGAAAGGGAAUCAGUUACCUCCAACGCAUAUCCCCAACCAGAGAUUGAGUUCUGUAACCAGGCCUUCGUGCUGUGUCGAUGCAGCUUGGGACGCCUCCUCGAAGCGAGCAAGCCUUGCAUGGUGUCUCUCCGAUGACCAAUCAUCCCCCUUACAGACUGAAACUGCUAUCGUUGAAUCGAUUAGCUCCCCCCUCAUGGCUGAAGCACUCGCCAUCAAAAGAGGAAUCGAAGAGGCACAGACCUCGGGAGCUUCAUCAAUCACGAUCUACUCAGACUGCCAAACGCUCACAAGAGCAAUCAUCUCCAGAAGUCAGAUUUCGGAGAUCUAUGGUGUUCUUCAGGACAUCAAUCGACUCUCCUCUCACUUCAUCUCUAUCCAAUUUCAGUUUCUGCCUCGUUCCCAAAACGGUGAAGCUGAUCACCUAGCUAAACAGGCCUUAAAAGCCCAUUGUCUUCUUUCUUCUAUUUCUUCAAUUGCUGCAAACUAG